GUUUAUAAACAAUCGUGAAUCAGCAAAAUUGCACUGCAGAGGUGAGGAGGACAGACGGAGAUCUCCAUACAGAACGCCAUGGCCGCCAGCAAAGCGCAGAGUUUCCUGAUCACCGGAGCCAACCGGGGCCUCGGCCUGGAGAUGGUCAAACAGCUGGUGGAGUCCCGAGCUUCCACCUGCCGGCUGUUUGCCGCCUGCCGCGACCCCGAUGCCCCAAAGUCGCAGGCCCUACAGGAUCUGGCUAAGAAGUACCCCAAAGUCAUCACUGUGAUCCAGCUUGAUACCACAGACCCAAGAAGCAUGAAAGAGGCAGCGAUGAAGGUGGGGGCCAAGCUGGAGGGAGGUGGACUGAACGUGCUGGUGAACAAUGCAGGCGUGUUGCCACGUGGGGACCUGCUACACACCAGCGAGCAGGAGUUCCAGAUGUCGAUGGACACCAACCUCAUGGGGCCAGUCAGAGUCACUAAGGUGGGGAUCCGCGCAGAGUUAGCAGAGAUAAAUCAGGUUUUUUUCACGGAUGAGGUUGUCAAACCUGUACUUCCCUGGACAGACUCACUGAAAACCAUAAACAAGCCAAACAUGAAGAUGCAUAACGCCAUGGCCGCCAGCAAAGCGCAGAGUUUCCUGAUCACCGGAGCCAACCGGGGCCUCGGCCUGGAGAUGGUCAAACAGCUGGUGGAGUCCCGAGCUUCCACCUGCCGGCUGUUUGCCGCCUGCCGCGACCCCGAUGCCCCAAAGUCGCAGGCCCUACAGGAUCUGGCUAAGAAGUACACCAAAGUCAUCACUGUGAUCCAGCUUGAUACCACAUACCCAAGAAGCAUGAAAGAGGCAGCGAUGAAUGUGGGGGCCAAGCUGGAGGGAGGUGGACUGAACGUGCUGGUGAACAAUGCAGGCGUGUUGCCACGUAGAGACCUGCUACACACCAGCGAGCAGGAGUUCCAGAUGUCGAUGGACACCAACCUCAUGGGGCCAGUCAGAGUCACUAAGUUCACCAAGGAUGGGAUCCUCUUCGCUGCCAUUCACCCUGGCUGGGUCCGCACGGACAUGGGGGGUCCCAAUGGGGAAAUCGACGUAGUAGAGAGUGUGCAGGGACUCCUGAAGGUGAUGGGCUCCCUCACGGAGAAGGAGAAUGGAGCCUUCCUGGAUUACCAUGGCAAGCCCCUGCCUUGGUGAACGCAGGAGCCCCCAACAGGAUCUGAAUAAAGGUGGAUGUGAAUAAUAA